CACACUCUCUCUGUCUCUCCUUCACUCCGCCGCCGCGCCUCUCUUUCUCUCUCAACUCGUCGUCAACAAUGGCGGCCACCACCAUAGCUCCACCCUCCUCCUUCUCCAAAACCUCUCUUCUCUCCUCCAACAAAUCCUCACACCCACUUUCCCGAUUUAACCUCAUCCCCUACUCCUCUGUCCCCCAUUUCCGCCCUCUCCAAAUCUCCUCCUCCCUCUCCCCCAAAUCCGCCGCCGCCGCCGCCACAACCACCGCCGCUCCUCCAGACCCAUCUAUUUUGGUUCCCCGUUUUGCCCCCGACGAGCCCAGAAAAGGCGCCGAUGUCCUCGUGGAGGCCCUGGAGCGCCAGGGCGUCACCACCGUCUUCGCCUACCCCGGCGGCGCGUCCAUGGAGAUCCACCAGGCCCUCACGCGCUCCACCACCAUCCGCAACGUCCUCCCCCGCCACGAGCAGGGCGGCGUCUUCGCCGCCGAGGGAUACGCGCGCGCGUCUGGCCUCCCCGGUGUCUGCAUUGCCACCUCCGGCCCCGGCGCCACCAAUCUCGUCAGCGGCCUCGCCGACGCGCUCAUGGACAGCAUUCCCAUGGUGGCCAUCACCGGACAGGUCCCCCGCCGCAUGAUCGGAACCGACGCCUUUCAGGAGACUCCCAUUGUUGAGGUAACCAGAUCCAUCACCAAGCACAAUUACCUUGUUCUUGAUGUUGAUGACAUUCCUAGGAUUGUUAAAGAGGCCUUUUUCCUAGCCACGUCGGGUAGACCUGGCCCGGUUUUGAUUGAUAUACCCAAAGAUGUGCAGCAACAGCUUGUGGUUCCUGAUUGGGACCAACCCAUUAGGUUAGCUGGGUAUAUGUCUAGGUUGCCCCAGAGCCCCAGUGAGGUUCAUUUGGAGCAGAUUGUGAGGUUGGUUUCCGAGUCUAAGAAACCGGUUUUGUAUGUUGGUGGAGGGUGUUUGAAUUCCAGUGAGGAGUUGAGGCGGUUUGUGGAGCUUACUGGGAUCCCGGUUACUAGUACUUUGAUGGGUCUCGGGACUUACCCCAGCUCCGAUGAGGAUGAUUUGUCACUGCAGAUGCUUGGGAUGCAUGGGACUGUUUAUGCUAACUAUGCUGUCGACAAGGCUGACUUGUUGCUGGCUUUUGGUGUGAGGUUUGAUGAUAGGGUGACCGGGAAGCUGGAGGCAUUUGCUAGCCGGGCGAAGAUUGUGCACAUUGAUAUUGAUUCUGCAGAGAUUGGGAAGAACAAGCAGCCUCAUGUGUCUGUUUGUGCUGAUGUGAAACCGGCGUUGCAAGGGUUGAACAGGAUAUUGGAGGCAAAAUUGGAGAAGCUUAAACUUGAUUUUUCAGCUUGGAGGGCGGAGCUGAAAGAGCAGAAGCUGAAGUUUCCGUUGGGUUACAAGACUUUCGAGGAGGCCAUCCCUCCUCAGUAUGCCAUUCAGGUUCUUGAUGAGUUAACUGAAGGGAAGGCUAUUAUAAGCACUGGUGUUGGGCAACAUCAGAUGUGGGCGGCUCAACACUAUAAGUAUCUUAGGCCUCGACAGUGGUUGACUUCGGGGGGUUUAGGAGCCAUGGGUUUUGGAUUGCCAGCUGCUAUGGGGGCUGCUGCGGCAAAUCCAGAUGCUAUUGUUGUUGAUAUAGAUGGUGAUGGAAGUUUUAUGAUGAAUGUCCAAGAAUUGGCAACAAUCAAGGUGGAGAAUCUUCCGGUCAAAAUUCUUCUGUUAAACAAUCAGCAUUUGGGUAUGGUUGUUCAGUGGGAGGAUCGCUUCUAUAAGGCAAACAGGGCUCACACAUACUUGGGCAACCCAGCAAAUGAGUCUGAGAUUUUCCCGAAUAUGCUAAAGUUUGCAGAAGCUUGUGGUGUACCAGCUGCCCGUGUGACAAAGAAGCAAGACCUCAAAGCAGCAAUCCAGAAAAUGUUGGAUACGCCUGGACCAUACUUGUUGGAUGUCAUAGUACCCCAUCAAGAGCAUGUGUUGCCUAUGAUCCCAAGUGGUGGUGCCUUCAAAGAUGUGAUAACUGAGGGCGAUGGAAGAAGAAGUUACUGAUUUCCUUUUGCUGUGUUUUCAUUUUGUUACUAGUAUGUACAAUUUUGGAUUAGUGUUUGUAGGUAUGUUGGUAUGAGUAAUCUAUCAAUGCGUUCUGUUUAGUAAUCAACGUAGGUGUUGUGCCUGUUGUUUCAGUUGUCCCGAUCUAAUCUUUUAUAAGAAUAAUGUUUAAUAGUUAAGGUUUUGUGCCUGACAACUCUUUUGUUC